UAUGUUCAAGUCAUUAUUGUUGACAGUUCUUCUUGGGAAAAGCUUCCUGCAGCUGUUGUGGGAAACAAACGCUCUGUCUUGUCACAGGUUCGCGGCUUUUAUUUCCCACGGUACACUUGCGCGCCUCUUCGUAUAAAUAUAGUACAAAAUUGCAUCGCGAAGCUGCAGUCUCGACGGUGGACCGGUGGCGAAGUGGUUCAACGAAGAACGGUGAAAAUGAGUCGUUCCGUUGCCGUGAGAAUUACAGAAGCAACAGUAUUCAAUGGAUGGAGGAAGGAACAGGCGGGAACCAAAAAGCAGCGCUUUAACUGUCAUGCAGGAACCGCCAUCUUUUUCACCGUUUUCUCUUCGAAACGGUAGAUCACAAAUGACGGCGAUGAAUGGAAAGAGACCAUCCUCGAUUCCACCACGACAUCAACCUGAAACAUUAGCUCAACACUUUGAUCUAAUUAAAUACAUUUGUGAUUCCUGGAAUACAGUAUCUAGAGAGCUGGAUAUGUGUCACAAUCAACCACACAGUAAUUCUUCAAAUUAUAGGAAUGGUGCAUCUGUCACAUAUUAUCAAGAACGAGAACCAAAUCCACAGUUGAAAGAUUUUGAGCCAUUCAAUCUUGAAGCCUGGUGGGGACAACGUGUCGUUCAAAGUAUUACUAGGAAUGCAAACUCCUAGUGCCAGGCCCACCACAUCGACUAUAAUCGAACAUUCUCAAACAGACAUAAGAAACAGAAAAGAUAAAUUCAGUGCUGCCGAAAAAAUUCUUUCCUUUUCUAGAAACAAUUUAUUGUAUACUCAAAAGUAAGUGAUGAGAGGAGGAUAGCAUAGGUAUAAAUAAGUAUCUAGCAAUCAGUUUUGAAUCUUUUUUAUAACAAAGGUAGGAUAUUAGCAAAGAAACAAAGAAGAUGGCAGAAAAAGAAUGGGAAAGAGCAGGGUUACGAAAGCAUAUGUAUUAGUAUGUAAUAACAUUCCUCCAACCUUUUAUCGUAUUUUAACGUAAUAUCGCCUUUUCCUGGACCUUUUUAAACAUCGUGUUUUUUAAAAGUAUUUUACACAAAGAUUGAAUCUAAGCCUUUGCCUGUUUCUGAUAUUGUCUUUCUAAGAUUUGAGAAUCAACGCAUAAAUAAUUAAGAUAUAUAGAGCAUGCUGAAACUAUUUAUUUUAUUUGCCAAAAGAAGUAAGUGUAAUUCUAAGAGAUAGUUUAUUACAAAUCAAACUUUGAUUGUUACUUAAAGAGAAACGUAGAAUAAUUAUUCGUCUUUUUAUCUCUUUGUAAUUAAAACUUGGAUACAGAAUGCAGAAUCGAAAGUAGACGAAUUGUACACUAAUUCUAUAUACCUCGAUCUAAAGGAUUAUAUGACGGAUGAACUGAAGGAUUUACCUUUUAAAGUUUACACAUAUAUGUAUUUUUCCACGCAUUGCAUUUCACAUUUUUAAUAAAUUUUCCACUCACACGUCUAUAAUGAGAACGCACUUCAAUUUAACGAAAUAAGUGUGUUUUAAGAUUGUUUAGAAGAAAAUUUACUGAUGUAUGAGAAGAUAAUAGUAGUUUGCACCUCUAUAUUUGACAAAAACAAAAAAAUGUUCAAUUCUUACUCAGAAUAGUGUGAUAAUUAUUAAGAUUUUAAAUACGAUCAAAUAUAUGACUAUGUACACCUAUA